AGAGAGAGACCAAUCAACAAAACCACUAUGGAUGAAUCCUUCAGGAGAGCAGGAUCCAUUCCCUUCAAAUGGGAGAUACAACCAGGUGUUCCAAAACCUUACCCUUCCUCCCCCUCUCCCUCACCAAAACCACCACCACACCCACCAAAACUAACCCCACCCCCUCCUUCUAAAAAGACCAACCACUCUUACAACCCCUCUCCCCCCUCCUUCUCUUCACCGUGGCUUCCGCCGCCGCCGUCGCAGCUAUCGCGCGAUCUCCGCGACCCCUCCCCCGCCUCCACACCACCCUUCUUCCGCCGGUCCUCUUCUGCGUCCCCCUCCAAAAGGCGCCCCACGUCGAAAGCAGUGCAUGCUAGUAUGGAUUCUCCUCGCCAGCGACUUGUCACUACUCCGGUCUCGCAGGGCUGCUUCGUCAUGCCGUCGCUGCGACGCAAGGAAGAGAAGAAGAGCUUCGUAGGCGGCGGCGGCGGCGGAAAAAUCAACUAUAUUGCUUUUCGAUCGCCACGCCGAUCGGUGUCGGCUCGGAGUUUGCCUUUGUACUACGCACCGCCGUCGUAUAACUUUGCAUCGUCAUCGUCAUCGUCAUCGUCAUCGUCGACGCCUUCUAGAAAGAAGGAUGGACGUGAGAGGGAUGAGAUGACGGUGGCAAGUGGCUGGAUGAUUUGAGAAGAAAUCAAGGAUCAACAUAUAAAUAUAUUUUUGUCAAUUUUUUUUUGUAAUGUGAGUUAGCAAAAUUAAUAUGUGUCGUGUGCGCCUUGAUUUGCAUUAUUUCUAUUUCGAUUAAAUAGAUUCUUCCUAGCACACGUCCAGCAUUGUAUCCAAAUAAUCUGUUCCGCACCAAAUUUGAAUCAAAUUUAAUAAAAUUCAGAUGAAAAAAA